CGGGGAAUAUUGGGUUCUCUGGUAUCUUUGUAUCCUAGUUCAGGCGGUUUCUUGUCGGGGAGGAAUCAGGGCCCAAACACGGAAGCAGGCUUGGAUUGAAUCGCAACAUUGGUAUUAUUGAACUUGAACUUGCAUCAAGUGCCUUCCUAUACAUGAGGAAGCUUUCGGCUGUGGUUUUGUCCCAUUUGUGUAGGGCCAGUCAGAUAGGUUGGGACACCCCGUUCCCUCGGUCUGGGGCUUUCGGUCGACUGUCGCAUGUUGAACUACACCUGCGCUCGCCUUGGUGUGCUCGAGUGACAUUUGAAGCAUCCAUUAUGCUCCCCGCAGCUUCUUUUCUCUCGAAAAUGUUAGUGCUGCUGUUCGAAAUCCUGGGCCUUCGGAAGCCCCUCCAGCCAGCGCAGAACCCUUCCGACCAGCCCUGUGGCCAACUCGAUGGCAGACGUAACCCAUACGCUUCCCAUGACCCAGAACACGUGUUCAGCGCCUCUCCGCCAAGAGGCCGUGAAGAUGCAGAACGCAAUUGCACUCAGCAUUCCCAACAUCGCCGCAAUGAAGACGGCAGGGCAGCUGGCACGGGGGUUGACACGGCCAACCACCAAAACGGCGAGGGCGAGCGUAAGCACCCAAGUUAAUGUUAAGAGAGCCAACGACAGACAUUCAUCUUCGCUCAGCGCAGUGGGUUCCUCGCCACGCGAGUUUUUGUAAGCCAUAGCGCCGACGAUGACCCAGCAGCCGAACGCCACGACGAGGGCGCAAACCAACUCGCGGACGCCAGGCCCAUCAGAAGACAUUCUGGUAUCAGGGAAGUGGUGACUCAGCAGUUUGUGAAGCGGAAGUUCUGAUA